AGUAAUUAAUUAACACUGUUUCUGUACCUUUGUGAGCUCAUAGUGAACCGAAGUUGGGGAGUUUCAACAUGUCGGUGUCUCUUGGUUUCAUUUUGUUCCUUUCUUGUUUGUUCUGUGCCAAUGGAUAUCCUGUUCAAAGUAGGCCUUCACUGCUGCUCACCUAUUUGCCGGACAACUGGACAGUGAUGGGCCAAUCGCGGCGGGUGCAUCCCUUCGGCCUCCCUGACCCCACCCAGACACUCAUCUGCCGCGUCAUGCUCCCCGUCCUGGACCUGUCCACCAUGAUUGCUGGCGGGGGGGCUGGCGGGAGCUCCCUGCCCCUCUACAUUCUACCCGGCGAGCCGCAGUUCGUACUCAGGCGACGGGUAAGCUACCAGCCAGACAUGGACAUUGAGCCGUGGGAAGUGUUGGCCUACACACCAAACUCCAACUCCCAGGAGCCAGACAUCACUUCUCUGCUCGCUGCACCAGCUCCCGUCCUCUGCGUGUCCCCGGAUCGUCCUCGUCCACAUCCUGUCCUCCUCGCCCCUGUGCCUCCCAUGUCACCAGCUGAACUGCGACCUCCUCCUCAUCAACCCCUUUACCGACCUCCCUCAGAAGGUUCCCUCUACUCCAUUCAGGCAGCCCCUCCCCCAACUCCUCACCAACAUGGGCUCCCCAUUGAACCAUCAAUCAAUCCUGCCAUCCUCGAGUCUCUCAUAUACAGUGCCCAAAACAAACCUGUAUUUGUUUCACCCGAUAGAGUAGAGCAGUCUCCCAAUGGUCCCCCUCCUUACUACAAACCGCAUCAUGAUUCAACCAAAUCUGAGUUGAAUCCUCAAGAAAGCCUGCACUCAGAAUCUUCUGCUACUGAUGUCGACUACCCUCAACAAAUUCCACCAGCAUCGUUUCUCACAGCAACUGGAACGUUCUCAGAAAUCAUUAACAAUCAUCCUGAAAAAGUUUCGGAGUCUUCAAUUGGUCUUAAUCAACCUCAACUGAACCCAACAUCAUCUCUUGGAGGUUUUUCAGAGAAAAUCGAUCACCCUGAGAGGGUAUCAGAAGCUUUAACUGGUCUUGAUCAUCCCCAACAGAACCCAAUCUCAUCUCUUUCAGCAACUGGAGUUUCUUCAGAGAAAGAUGACCAUUCUGAGAAGGUUUUAGAAGCUUCAACUGGUCUUGAUCAAUCUCAACAAAUGCAGCUCUCAAAAAUCUCAGAAACUGAAACUUCAUUAGGAAGCGGAGAUCAUCCUGAAGAUACUCCAAUAUCUUCUAAAAGUUUGUUGGGUGCCAAGGACGGUCCCGAACUGAAAAUAGUACCAGGAUAUCUCACUCAGUCUGAGAUAGAUGCCAUCAAGAAGGAGGAUGCUCUGAAUAAUUCAAAGCCUUCUCAAUCGUUGUCUAGUGAGAAUGAACAUCUUGAGGUCGAUUCAGAAUCAGCUGAGACUACUGAAGAAGAGAACUGAGACAAGUGAUGUUAUUCUUUCUGCAAAAUCACGAAACUGAAAUUCGAUAGAAGUCUCAUAAUUUUGCUAAGAUACAGAGUUCAUGAGUAAAGAUCUCAAAUCCAAUACGAAAUUAUUUCUAUGAGUCAAUAAAAAUUGAAUAGCUUGACAAGAUGUAAUCUAGUAAUAUUCAUCAGCGAUGAUUCUCAUAACUAGUAUUAAGUAUCCUAAUUAUUCCAAGGGAUUUUCAUGCAUAGAAUGACAUUGGAAGAAAACUAUUGAU